UGCAGCAAAUGCGAUGCUCGGUUUGAUGAAGACGAAGCGUCGUUUCUUGCUUCAGAUUUUAACGGAUUUUAAUUUGGAUUUUGAAACAGAAUCACCAUGAUCUGUAGUCGUAGAGUGGGGAACGUUUGAUUUUCUUUCUUUCUACGUUCCGUAGCAGCCAUUUGCGGUCAGGACGAGGACACCAUCGUUUCGUUUCACGUGUUAGUUCAAUAUUUUUAUACGUACCAUCUAUGCAUGAUGAGUUAACAAGUGAUUGCAUAGUGAUUUCUGUACCGAGGAUCUACAGAUCAAUUCGUGCGAGUUUAUAACGGAGACCUUCCCCAUAUUAGUAAACAGUAACUGAUGAUCAAAAUUUAACUUCUGAUUAAAUGUUUUACACACGUAUAAAUUUUAUUUCUAUUAUAGCAUAAUAUUUAAAACGUAUUAUUAUUUUUCUUAUAAAACUUCUGCACGCGAAGAGGCAGUAAGUCAGAAGCAGAGCGUUAUCUUCGAGGUGAAUUAUCUAUAUUAACCCGAGAUUGAUAGCGCGCAUUGUCUUUAAAAUGAAUUUAAUGAAGUGCGUCAGAAGGUGGUUGCCGAUUUUUGCAAUUAAUUUAACAACGUCUGUUGGUGUUUUUUAUUUAUGGAGCAAAGGAUACAAAUGCUUGGUAUCAACGGCGUCCUUGUGCAGUAUCGGCGGUACUUACCUGUACUGUCGCAUAAAAUCCAGAGACGAAGUAUCCUCGAAUCAAGCCGUUGUCAUAACUGGCUGCGAUUCGGGAUUAGGAUACAGCCUGGCUCUUUAUUGCCAGCAACUUGAACUAACUGUGAUUGCCAGCGUGUUGCAAAUCGAUAGUCCCGGAGCUAAGCAGCUGGAAAAAGCGGGUGUCCUCGUUUGCGCUAUGGAUCUCACAAGCUUGAACGAUGUUACGAAUUUUGCAGAAUAUGUCCGAACAGUUUUGACGAGUAAAGACUUAGUGUUACGAUGUUUGGUCAAUAACGCGGCGGUGAUGAUCUUCGGCGAAUUUGAAUGGCAAACAGAGAAGCAGCUCAGACAGCAAGUAGAAGUGAACCUGCUGGGAACUAUGCGGAUCACUCAGAGCUUGAUGCCGCUGAUCCGUGCGCACUUUAGCCGGAUUAUCGUAAUCUCUAGCCAUUGUAACAUUCAACCGAUUCCAGGUGUGGCGGUUUACAGUGGGACCAAGGCUGCUCUGACUGCCUGGGCCACUGCCAUGAGGAUAGAACUGAAGAAAUACGGCAUCAAAGUCAUUUGUUUUAUACCUGGUUCGUUUGUUAGAGAGAGCAAUAUACUUGCGCGACAGGCCGAGCACUUCGAGGCGAUGGAAAGGUCGAUGUCCCUGGAAGAAAAAAGGUUUUACGGCCACUACUUCGCUCGGUACUCGCAAUAUUUCUCUUCCGUAGCGCAGGGCACGAAUCCGAGAAAGCUGCAGGACUCGGGUGUCUACGAGGUCUUCGAAGGCGCUCUCCUUGACAAAUACCCGUCGGCAAUUUAUAAGAACGAGUCUUGGAGAUAUUCUAUUUAUCAUGCCUUGUUCAUGAUCACGCCAAUCUGCAUNACAUAG